CCCUGUUGGAUUGUCGCAAGUAUAGAAAAUUUAGAACUUGAGAAAGGAUGGUGUUAUGUCAGUUGCAAGAAGUGUCAAAAAAAGGUGGAUAAAUUGGGAAACAUUUAUCAAUGCCCAAACCCCAAAUGCAAAAAUGAAGAUUACUCAGCAAUUAUUAGGUACAAGCUUCAGGUUAGGGUAAUGGAUACUACUGGAUCUGUUUCCCUAUUGCUCUGGGACCGCGAAGCUAUGUUUCUCAUUGGCAAAUCCGCAAAAGAAUUGAAGGAAGGAUUUCUUGAGAAUACUGGAGGUGUUGAUAUGUAUCUGUAUCCGGAAGAGCUGAACAAUGUUCUCCAAAGAAAACUCAUGUUUAAGGUUAUUGUGAAGAGCGAGAACAUUCAACUGCAAAAGGAAAUUUAUAGUGUUGUGAAGCUUACGGAUGAGGAGCAACUGAUAAAGAAAUAUAGUCUUGAUACACCUACAAAUGACUUAACUGACCCUGACUUCAAUAAUAACCAAGUCUUUGAUGGAGAGAAGGAAUGCGAGGUAAAUACAUCCACUACAACAUUACACAUUUAUAGCUAUGAAAAGCAUUGUAGCUAAAUAUGAAAAUUUUCAUGGCAAAACACUUUAGCCACAAUAUUGUUUUCUGUAGCAUUUGUAGCAAAAUGUAGCGUAGCUAAAACUCAGCUACAGACUUUAUAUGAUCCGUGGCUAAGGACUAAUACUUAUUGCUACGGAAAUUUUUAUGUUGUAGCGAUGAUGGUAAAAGGUUUUUGCUACAAAAAAUAUACUUAUAGCAAGUGAUUUUAUUCUUUUGCCACGAU